AUGGCGACAACAGACAGCUGUGGUGACGGCGGAUUUGGCCCUUUCGUAGCCUCGUCAGGCUGUCGCGAUGGAUUUGAUUUCACAGUCCUCUUUGAGAACGCUAUUUUGAAUAUUGCACCGACCGCGUGUUUUCUCCUGCUGCUGCCAAUUCGGCUGUUCCAGCUUGCCAGAGAACCACGCCAAGUGCGUGCGUCCAAGAUCCGCGUCGUGACCCUGAUUGUGGCAGCUCUCCUAGCCGCCAGUCAACUCGCGUUUGUGGUAUUAAUCGCGAGACGGCAAACCAUUGCCCAGCAUGUCUCCCUGGCGGGUGCCGUUCUCGACCUCGUUGCUACACUGGCCGUUGCGCUGUUGCUUGACCUGGAGCAUGUCCGAUCUGUUCGGCCGUCGUUCCUUGUGUCGACCUACCUUUUCGUCACCCUGCUGCUCGAUAUGGCACGCGUGCGGACCGCCUGGUUGGUACCGGAUCGGGAUGCAAUCUCAGGCGUCCUCACUACCUCCCUGGGACUGAAAAUGCUUCUUCUAGCGCUGGCGAACGCAAAGAAGCGGGUUUUACUCAUACGAGACGCCAAGAGUCUGUCUGUAGAAGCCACAAGCGGCCCAUUUAGCCGGGCCCUUUUUACAUGGUUGAACCGCUUGCUGCGACAGGGAUAUGCUGCGCCGUUGACUGGAGACGCUCUGCCACCGAUUCACGAGAAGAUUGCGUCACACGAUUUAUCCCAACGAUUUUCGGAAGGCUGGGCCAGAUGUGACCAAGGGCGCCAACAUGCGUUGUUCUGGCUUAUUGUCAAUUGCUUGCGCCGUGAAAUCAGCAGCCUCACAUUUCCUCGUUUGUGUUUGGUCGGGUUCAGCAUCGCACAACCGUUUCUGGUUGGCAAGGUGGUGACGGUUCUGGACCAGACUGAGCCCAUCUCGCUGUACAUGGGCUACGGCUUGAUCGGAGCCACAGCGAUUGUUUUCAUCGGAGUUGCGGUAUCCACGGCUGCCUACGAGCACCUCGGAUUCCGCACAACAACAAUGAUCCGGGGCGGUCUCAUGGCCCUGGCGUUCGAACAAAUGAUGAGCCUGCCCGUGGCCGGCACCCGCGAGUCAAGUGCUGUCUCCCUGAUGGGCGCGGAUAUCGAAAUGCUGGCAGAGUACUUCCACUCGACCGUAUGCGAAUCGUGGGCCAACAUCAUUCAGCUGGCAUUGGCAACCUGGCUCCUCCAGAGAAUGGUGGUGUUCACGGCCUCAUCUUUGGGAAUGGGCAAAGUGGUCUCGGUUCGGCAAAAGUCGUGGCUGGACGCGACUGAAAGACGCAUCAACUUCACCAAAGCCAUCCUAGGAUCAAUCCGAAACGUCAAGUUGCUGGGGCUGACGGAGAUCAUGCAAGAUGCGAUGCGAAAUCGGCGAGACGGCGAGUUGACAGUCUCUCAGCGAUUCCGUCGUGUCCAGACAUUGCGCACCUGCAUGGUGAACUUCCCCCACAUAACCGGACAGCUGGCAACUUUUGCGGCCUAUGCGAUAACGGCGAAACUGCAGGGAUCAGACGGUUUCUCUGUCUCCCAGGCCAUCACGUCGUUGUCCUUGGUUAACUUACUCACCACACCCUUGCAGAGUCUUUUGCUGGCCAUUCCUGACACGUUUGCCGCGCUCGGCUGCCUUCAACGGAUCCAGGACUUUCUCGAGCAGCCACUCUACCAAGACAAAAGGCAACUUGUUCAGCAGCAAGACGAUGUUUCGAUUUCGAGCCUUAAAGAAGCCGACGUCAGGGUAUCGCCAGUGGUGCCCUCGAGGAACAAUAUUCUUCUGUGUCUCCGAGAUGCCUGCUUCGAUUGGAAGCCUUCCCCGCUGGAAAAGGCUGGGACCACGCUCACACUCGGGGCUUCUGACGUCGGAAGUCUCAUCGUGGUCACUGGGCCCGUCGGCAGCGGCAAGUCUACCUUCCUGACAGGUCUUGCGGGAGAGGCACCCUUGAUCAGGGGAGAAGUCUACGUCAGCGAUCAAGACGUAGCAUUAUGCACACAAACUCCCUGGCUGGCGCACUCAUCCGUUCGAGAGAACAUUGUCGGCCCGAACCGGGAGACGAAAUUUGACCACAAAUGGUAUCGUCGAGUCGUGAGCGCCUGUGCGCUAGACCAGGACCUGGCUCGGAUGCCGGAGGGCGAUGAGACAUUGGUCGGCAAUCAGGGGGCCAAACUCAGCGGGGGCCAAAAGCAGAGAAUCGCAAUUGCGCGAGCCAUUUACGCCCGGAAAAAAAUCGCGUGUUUCGAUGACGUCUUCAGCGGCCUGGACAAUGAGACCGCUCGUCGAGUGUUUCACAACGUCUUUGGACGUGCCGGAUUACUACGUCGCCCAGGCUGCGCUGCCUUUCUCGUUUCCCAGAGAGCCAACCACCUGGCCCAUGCUGACCACAUCAUCGAAUUCGGGGCGAACGGGGCUGUAACGGAAGGGCGUAGCUGCGCUGGGCCUCAAGAUUUCCACGGAGACUCGGUCGAGGAUCGUGGAGACGCACGGAAUGAUAUUGAUACCGAAGAGAAGCUCGAACAUAAUUCUGACAAUCCUCUCGACUCUCCAAAUGCAGAGCCGAGCACUCCAAGAUCCUCCAACGUGACGGCUGAUCCAUCCGUGUUCAAGUACUAUUUCUCAGCCCUCGGAUGGCAGCGACUGGCCGUGCUAGCUUUUGUGUUAGUUGUGGAAUCGGGCAUCGGAGGAUUCCGGUACAUCUGGGUUGAGCUAUGGUCUUCAAGUAGCGAUGGUCCCUCAGGGUCCCAUUUAGGAUACUGGCUGGGCAUAUAUGGGGUCUUAUCCGUCGUUGAAGCUGGAGGGAUUGCACUCGCAGUAUACUGGACCUGGGUCAUCAUCGUGCCGGCGGCAUCGCGGAACCUGCAUGAAGCUGUCUUGCGCGCCUGCAUGGGCGCUCCUCUGUCCGUUCUGCUAAGUCUCGACACGGGGGCUCUUAUGACUCGUUUUAGCCAGGAUAUGAGGCUCGUGGAUAUGAUUUUGCCUCGCGGAUUUAUCGCCACGGCGUUUCAUCUUUUUGGGGCGCUGGCGCAAGGUGCCAUCGCUAUUGCGUCGCUGCCGUAUUUGGCGGCCACACUACCUGUUCUCAUCGGACUGUUGGUUGUUAUCCAGCGGUUAUACCUACGAACUUCACGUCAGCUGCGUUUGCUCGACAUCGAGCUAAAAAGUCCACUAUACACCCACUUCAUCGAAUCUCUGGCGGGACUGGCCACCAUCCGGGCCUUUUCCUGGACCCACUCUUGCGAGACACGACUGCUGGCUCUGCUUGACCGGGCUCAAAAACCGUACUAUCUCCUUUUAUGCAUCCAGCGCUGGCUGGGACUGGUGUUGAACCUGAUCGUGGCGGCCGUGACGGUGCUACUGGUGGGAUUGGCCGUGGCACUGCGUCGGCAGAUCAACUCCGGACUGCUAGGUAUCGCGCUAGUUAUGAUGAUGGAUCUCGGUCAGAUGCUCUCCCUGCUAAUACAGAACUGGACGCUUCUCGAGACAUCGUUGGGCGCGAUCGCUCGGAUCAAGGACUUUGCGCGCGACAUGCCAUGUGAGGAGCCGGACGACGCGGUGGCCCCGCCUGAGUGGCCAUCUCACGGGGCCAUCUCCUUUGUCAACGCUAAUAUUUGCUGGAAUGAGACGGUCGUGCUGCGGGAAAUCUGCCUAGACAUCCAGCCGGGCGAAAAAGUCGGGCUGUGCGGCCGGACAGGAAGUGGAAAGAGUUCCCUAGUGCAAUCGCUCCUGCGCCUGAACGAGGUGACAGCCGGUCAGAUCCUGAUUGACGGCCACGACAUUACGACCGUGUUUCCGUCGGCGCUGCGUCAACGCAUCGCCUGCUUGAGCCAAGAGCCCUUCCUUUUCCCGGGUUCUAUGCGACAAAACGCUGAUCCGUCGGGCCAUGUGGACACUGCAGACCUGGUUAACGCUUUGCGACGCGUUGGAGUCUGGGAUGCUUUGCGGGCCGCGACCAACUCGCACCAGGAAGACGACGCGCUGCUAAACACCGAGCUGACGCCGCUCAUGUUGUCGUACGGUCAACAGCAGUUGUUCUGUUUGGCUCGCGCGCUGAUGAAAAAGAGCAAGAUCCUCAUCUUGGACGAGCCGACGGCCAGCUUGGACCGGGAAUCUGACGCCGCCAUCCAGCGACUUAUCAAGGAGGCCUUUGGAGACUGCACCGUCCUAGUUGUCGCCCAUCGCAUUCCUUCCCUUCUCGACCUCGAUCGCAUUGCUGUAAUGGAUGCCGGUCGCUUGGUGGAGGUAGGCCCUCCUCGCGCGUUACUUGCCCGCCCGGAUGGGUUCUUCUCCAGGCUGGCUCGUUCAAUGUGA